ACAAGUUACUAGGUGAUGACAAUAUUCCAGCAGAAGGAAGGCUUAGGUCAUCAGCAAUCUGGCAUCCUUGGCGGAUGUUUGAGAUCUUUUCAUCAAAGAACUUACACAAUUCUUUGGAUAGCUGUUCCUUUGACUGGUGCUGUGGGAGAGGAGACUUGCUCUUGCGAUGAAGGACUUUAUCAGCAAUACUGAAGAGUCGUCUCUGGUCUUUUGCAUUCUCUGUGAACAGGUCAUUGUAGUAUGUUGACUUUGAUUGACGAAUGAGUCGAUUGACCUUCUGCUUCUGCGAUGUAUACAUCUGCCGAUGAAUCUCAAGUCCAGAGUUUCUCCACAAGGUCUCUAGGCGACGUCUUUCCCGCUUUUCAGUAUGAAAGCUGCUCUUGAACCAUGGAGAAUGGGGUCUCAGAACCACUGUACGUGUCUUCAUUGGAGCAUGACUAUCAAAAAUAUUUUCAAGGAUGGUGUUAUACUGCUCAGCUUGUGAUGACAAUGAGUUAAGUUUCAACUCUGUACUGGAAAGCUUGGAAGACUUUAUAUCAUCACAGAGAGCCUCCUUACUGAUGGCUGAUACAUUCCUUGUUUUUACUUCAACCUUCUGGUUCUGAGGGCGCUCAAGAUACAGCUUGAUGGUUAUUGCUGAAUGAUCAGCUAUCCCGUCGAUGACAUGCAGAUCAUCAAAAAAGGUUGGGUCUGAUUCCCUGGUGAUCAGUAAGUCCAGAGUGUGACCUUUUCUAUGCGUAGGACAGGUAACACUUUGUCUAAGGUUGUGGCUAGAGAGGAGAUUCUUGAAGGCACAAGCAUUUGCAUUUGACGCUGAGUCGACAUGAACAUUAAAAUCACCUGUGAUGAUAAUAGGCAUUUGAUUCAAACAUACAUCUUCAAUAAGUGACUCAAACUCUGCAGUGAACGCAUCGAAGGAAGAACCUGUUGAUCUAGUUGGUGGGCGGUACACUACAACAAGUAGGAGUGAUAAUGUUGAACUGACAAUUUCAGCUGAGAAAACCUCAAAAGCCUUGGGGUUAGCGAUAGAUUCAGGAAAACGCACAUUCAGAGUAGAUUUGUAUAAGAGAGCAAGGCCUCCACCUCGUUUGUUGUUUGUGCGUGGAAAAUGCUUGAACGUAUAACCCGUUGGCGUGAUGUCUCCGAUGACAAUAUCGUCUCCAGUCUUGAGCCAGGUUUCACAAAUGGCCACGAUAUCAAGUUUAUUGUCUAACACAAAUUCAAUAAAUUCUGUUGUUUUAUUUCGCAGUGACUGAGAAUUGAUAGAGCAGAACUUUGCUUGAGUUUUAAAAGGAUACACUGUUGGGCAGAUAUUCCUUUGGUUCACAGGUCGAGAUGUAGACCUAUGUGUUCUUGCUGAUACGUGGGGCCUCUCCCGAUGAUGUUUAUGUAAGUGAGAUCCAGCCCGUCGACUACGAAGAUGAAGCAAGUUAAGUUCUUUUAAAGUCUGAAACACAUGUGCAUCAACAUGUUUGGUACCACAUGCAUGUCUCAGUGAAUGAAGCUCAGCACUGCUAUAUUGAAAGGCUGACCUGGGCAUCAUUAACACUGUGAAAGUCAAUGAUAAUCUCUUCUACCAUUGAUUAUAAUCCUUUCACAAUAGACACAGUCCACAGGCAGGAUCACUUUCCAUUGUUCCCAUCUGGGCUGGUUUCACAAUAACAAAGGGCUGAAAGUCCACAUUGACUCUGUGCAUAAGAGCUAUAUCCAGCUACACUUAGGUUUCUCAAAACCAAGCAGUUGAGCAGAAAUUUUCUCUCAAAAUUCUGAGAAAAGUAGGUACCAAUCCAGAAUGCAAAGUAGUUCACCAGAAUCAGUGAUUCCACUUGAAACAGUUGACAUAGAAAUGAUAUCCCAAUGCACUGACAAAACAGUUGAAAAAUGUGAGAUUUUGGAGAGCAAAAAUGAAGGCAGCAGCAGCAAAAACAGCGCCCAUUGUACAUUGUACAUGUACAUUGUACAUGCGGAUUGCCCUUCAAUCCGCAUGUUCAUUCAAAGUUUUAAACGUAAUAGCUAUAUAUAUCCAACCUCUGUAACUUAUGUUAAAUUAAUAAGAACGGGUAUAAAACGAAACCUUGCUUUUAUAGAGAGGCCUAUACAGAUGAAUUUAUUCAUGGCUCAUAAAAUAACCCGAUAUAUUCAAAUUCACCUACAGACAUGAGAGAUGAGUGAGUUAACUGCUUUCAAAACAGACUUGUCAACUUUAGAAAAAAAGGAUUAACUGAUUUUGAGAAUUGUUUUAUUUUAUUUUUUUUUUUGUUAAUCUGUGUUGUCAUUUUUUAUUGAUAAUGUAUUUGAAUAAAUGUAUCGAUUAUUUUCUGGAGAUAUACCGUUUCUUUUGUCCAUGCCCUUAUUUAGGGGAGGGGGGGGGGUGACUGUAAAGGUCAUCCCCACUUGAUUUUUUUUUUAAGGAUUUAUCCCCCCUCCCCCAUCCGCUCAGGAUCGACACCCAUGAUUAUUACUAAUGGCAUUAAGUUUGAUUUUUAAUUGUUCCUUCUACAGGUAACCCCAAAGUAGGCAGAAGCCAUGACGGAAUUUGAUAAUCUCCUGAUUAAAGUGGCUAAACAAGUCUUCCUAAACUCGGAAAUCGACACAUUGGGAAGAGAGCUUGGAUUUACUCCUACCGAUGUUCAACGUCAUAUAGCAACUAAUCACAAAACACAGAACGUUACUUGGGAUGGAACUCUUAACAUGCUCCGGGAUUGGCGUAAAAGUCAAGAAAUUGCAACAGAGAGAGAAGGUCUGAAGACUGCUCUGAAGAAAGCAGGUCAAAUUCAUCUGGCUGAUGAACUCUUUCCUCUAAGUUACUCUGUAUCUCAGACUAAAAUACAUGACAGAGAUGUCAAAGCAAAGCGACGCAAAGUCGAAAUUCCUUCUCCGAGUGUCAAAGAAGACGACCAAAAACAACGUGACCGAGACGACACUGGAGACGACAUGAGGAAGCAAGUCGAUGAGAACAUGGACCAUGAUGAGAAACGGGCCAUGUUAGAGAAAAUUAAACAACCGCGCAAGAUAGUUGAAUCGAAACUUACGGACCUUUCGAAUUCAUCAAGUAAGCAUCUCGAUACAAUUAAGGGUGAUAUACAAGAGACAUUGGAAGAUAUUAAAGGUAAUUUUAAUGAUAUAAAACGGGAAAAAAAUAAAUUGAUUAGGGAUAUUGACAAGGAGGCAGAUAAGGAAAUACGAGCAAUAAAAGAAAGGCGACAAAAACAGAUCGAAGCCUAUAAAGGUGAGAUAGCACGGGAACAAAAAAUAAGCGAAGACAAACAAGCUAAAUUGUUACCAUGCUUGUCAGACACAGAUAAAAUCAGCGAAAUAGUUUCCGACAAGAUAAUGGAUCUUACUGGUAAGAUUCCGGAUGCUAUAAAGGAUAACCAACAUGAUGAAACAUUGGUGAAUGAAGCUCCUCAAGUACUUGCAUCCAUUGAUGAAAAUUUAAGUUUGAAUGUUCAUCAAGAUGUUAGCGACUGCCUUGACCAAAUACAGAAUGAAGUUGAGAGAGUGAAGUUUGUAGAGGGGGAAGUAGAUGGAAAAUACUAUGGUAGAAUUGAUGGGUAUAUCGGUAAAUGGGAACUUGUCAAGUCAAUCAACAUUUCAUCGGUUGUUAAAGAACCGCAUGUGGGAGGUUUGGUCAGUGAUGAUGAAAUAUGUGUUCAGGAUCGAAAUAACUUUGCCGUGUAUGUUACAAACUUCAAAACGCAACACACAGAGAAAGUCAUUGAUGGUACUGGGUUGAUUACAUCAUGUGUGCCCAUAGGCAGUACCGUAAUAGUAAGUGGUAUUAGGGGAAUUGACUACUCGGACGACUUUGUAGGUAGAUGCAUCACUCUCUUUGACAGACAAUGGAAGGUGAUUAGAGACAUCAGCAUACCAAGGAUUGGAGAGCAUGAUGAGGUGUACUUUGAUGUUGACAAGGAUGGGAUGAUCAUCGCUGCUCAGUACUGUCAGUAUAAUAUCUACGUCAUCAAUCCUGCUGAUGGUGAGAUAGUAAACACUAUUAAUGGGGAUCAGGCGGUGUGGGGUGCGAUACAAACCUUGUCAUCAGGUGAUAUCGUGAUUGCAGGUUAUGGAGCUUCUAGCGUACACCAUGUCAUCUCACGAUCAGGUGAAGAGAAGGCUCUCAUAUACCGUAAGGGGUGGUGGGCAUUGUCAGAGUGUCGCGUUGACAAACUGACAGACACACUCUACGUCAAAUACUGGGAUAGAGCGCAUAAGAUCAUCACAGCUGAUCAGGUGUCACCUGAUGGUAUCGUCCAAGCAAGGAGGAUCGUGGAAUACGUGCGAUCAAAUUACUCUCCCAAAGACGUCAACCCUUUUCUUGUUACUUCUUCUGGUAACCUCGUAGGAUGUGAUGGACACAAACUUCAUAUCUACAAGAAGACAUUCAUCUUGUAAAUCAUCAAGUAUUUCAAGGAAUGAUUUUUAAAAGAAUUAUAGACGAGAUACUUAUUUUCAGCUUCAUUUUCAUUUUAAUUCAUGUCCUCCAACAUAACUACAUUCACAAUGCACGAUGUGAAUGUUGUACCAGUAUACAGGUGCAAUGUAUGUCUUACAAAAUGCAGUGUCUAAGAUUCACCCGUCUAGAUUUACGCUUUGAAAUGUAUAGUUUACUCAUAAACAAAUAAAACUAAUAUAAAUUGGUUAAUCAAUCGCCUACUUGUCAUGUUCCCUGUAGAACGUCUAUAGGAAUGGCUGAACCCAGCAUGCAUGACAUAUGACGAAUUAAUUACUAAGUUGUGCAUGUAAGCGGAACCCGAUCAUUUACCAAACCCUAUUUCGUUCAAUGUUAUUCGGUAUUAUUCUCCUAACAGUGAUGGCUUUACCCCUUGGAUUAAAUUUGCUCUUAACUUUAUCGGUUCUUUGAAUCAAAUCUAUCCAUCAGGUUGAUUUCAUGUUUUAUUCUGUUGCAAGCAAGGUGAGGUAAAAUAAAAUUGUAUUAAAAUGAGAGGGAAAAAAGUGAUGUGAAGUACAAGUGUAGGAACCGUGGUAUAAUGUUUCUGACUAUCACCUUGUAAACAAAGGGUCGUGUGAUCGAAUUUCAACGAGGCCUGGCGUCCUUUGGCAAGGUGUUAAUCCACACUUUGCCACUCUCGAGCCAGGUGCUAAAUGGGUACCCGGUAGGAUGGGAAAGGCAUUGCAGCUUGUCCAGUACUGUAUGCGCCUCAUCGGCGACUGACUGGAAUACUCCCCAGGGUGUGGAUGAUGUGCUCACAUUGUGUGCGGGAAUGACUGAUUGAAUGCGAUGACCGGGGUAGUAGUAUACAUGUAAAUUGCUCAGACACACCGUUCCGAUGUAUUAAGCGUUAUAUAAAAGCGGAUUAUCAUCAUUAUUAGUGGUAUCAAAUGAAAUACUCAGUUAUGAAUCAUAUUUCAGCUGGCGCUGAGCAUUCAGAUUAUUGGGGAAUCGAGGAUGCAUGAAUUUGUGAGCGGGAAUGACUGAUUAAAUCCGGUGACCUGGCGACCGUUUCAUGAAACUUGUCAGCAUUGACAAGUUGUCUUUUUCGACAAUUACCAUAGCAGCAGUCAGAACCUGAGCCUCUGAGCCAAUCAAAACCAAGGAUCUCACUGAAAUUGUCAGUGCUUACAAAUUAAUCCGUGCUGAAAACUUUCAUGAAACAUCCACUGGGGUAAUGAUAUGCAAAGCGCUUUGACACGUCGUUCAGAUGUAUUAAGAGCUAUAUAAAAGCGAACUAUUAUUAUUAUCAUUAAAUUUUUUAGUGUACGUAAUCCCUCUCAUGAAUGUUAACAGAAAAUAAGAGAAAAACUCAUUUUGUGUAAUAGAAUCCUUGUUCAGUCAACAUACAUAUCACAAUGGAUAUGAUGAAGAUAGACAGAAAUGAAUAUGGUUCCCCCAUAAUUCUCUUUACACCAAUUGAAUAUUCUCACUCUGUAGAAACAUCUGACGUCCAUCUCAAAAUGACUCAGCACACUCCAUAUUUAAUAUAUUCAUAAAAGUAUUACAUCAUAUCGCUUAUUUCAAUCAGUUCAUUUACUUUCGUCUCUACACCGUUUACUUUAUCCUCAUAUAUCGGCUUUAUAUUUUCAACAAAGAUUAAUUAAGAUUUCUUGUACCACAUGUUUAAUCUAUUAUAUCAUAUUACACUUACUACCUGGCUAUGGAAUCUCAAGUAGCAAGCCUUUGGAUUGUUGACAGAUUUUUUAGUUGUUUUUUUUGUUAACGACUGUAAUGAUGUAUUGACGCCCGCUACGUUCAGUAACUUCCACAUGGACAUAUAAACAUCUGGUAGUCGAACGUACCAUGCUGUAAAUAAAUAAAACAGGAAUAUAUUUGCUGUGUAACACACAGAGUAAGAUAAUUUGACAAACAACUGUACAUAUCAUAGCUUAUGUUCGUGGUUUCAUAUUAAGGAGGCUGUAUAAUAUUCAAUUAAUUUUUUUUUCAUUAUCAUUUAAUACUGCGUCAAGUUUGUAAACAGUUUGUACUGUAUAUGGCAUAUGUUGCUCCAAUGCGUUGUUUAUAAAUUUGUAUUGUCUAAGGUGUGUUGUGUUAAUGUAGAAAUGUGUCAUUUAUACAAAGGAAUCCUACCGAAUGUAUUCUUACAAUAAUCAAAUUUGUAAUGAUCAAUAAUAAUAAUUAAAAUUGUAAUGAUAAAGGGUUUAUGUUUUAUUUAAAGUAUCAAUUCAAUAGCUUGUUAUUAUCUAUAUCAUUGCUUAUUAAAAAUUCGCUCCCAAAGAGAGAGCGGGAGAGAGUUCUAUAAAUAAAUUUCUCCUGACAAUUAGUCAGAUCUUACGACUAUUAUUGAUUUUGAUUGGCUGAGAAGCGUUGUUACUAUGUUAACUAUCCAUCGAAACACCUGAAAAUCCAAUCUUUGUUUGAUAUGCUCAAUAUUAUUGCUCUUAUACAGCUGAUUACAAUUCGCUCUAUAAACUAGGAAAAUUAAUGUACAUAAUGAACAUUUCUAUUAUGAUACAAUGUGAUGAUUUACUAUGAUCAUGAUCUGUUAUUUUCAAGUGUAUAUUACAAUAUGAGUGGGGAGUAUACGUUUAGUUUUUAUUAUAAAUAUGUUCAUUAUACUUUGUUGUGAAUUACUGGCACUUUUGAAAAGUUAAAAACGCCAAUGUUUUGGGAUGUGUAGACUUUAAUCAAGACGAAAUUAUUUUAACCUACUUGUGAGAUGAAAAUAGUCAUGUAGAAAUAGAAAGUAAAUAUCUUUACUAUAUAGAUUAUGGUAAUUUAGUACAUUUCGAGAAAGGUUAGCCAAUCCACAACCAGUUGUAUGCACAUUACUGAUCUAAAAACCCAACUAUCAACCGUUCUGAAUAAAAUAUCUAAGAUUGUAAAUUGAUCGGAAACUUUGCAGGGUGUCAUCAUCAUGUUGAUGAGGAGGGUGUCUUUAAUGCACAAAUAAUCAUGUAAUUUUGUAAUCAAGUAAUUUUGUCAGCAUAAAUGAAGUAAAUUUGAAAAAAAAGUGUUGAUUAAUAAAAAGCUGUAUAUUCAGUU